AUGCCGGCUUGCGACAGGUGUAGCAACAUCAAGGCGAAAUGCGUCCGCGACGCUUCUCAGGACAAAUGUGAACGGUGUCGCCGUCUUCUCCUCAGUUGCACAUUUCUCAAGCCGGCGAAACCGCGAGGCCGAAGAAGUCACAAAUCUCGAACGGGGACCGCGGGUGAACUGGUCUGGGUUCAGAACAACACGCUGCCCGUCAUGCGCAACGCCCUGGAGGGCCUUUCGCCACCUGAAGUUGAUCUUCUGCGGGCCAUGACACAGGUGACCGAUGGGCCCAAUCCUUUGGCGAUUGCGCCGUCAAGGUUUCGUGAAGUACAGGUGUCCAUCAAGACUGAACUCGAGAGAUCUCCAGCUCUGCUCCAGCGUCCGCUUGUCACACUCUGGAAGGCCUACGGCAGGUUGCGAAUGGGACAAGCUGUGCACAAUGAUACCGACGUUUCCCGCAUCAGUGAUGCGAUGCGCUCGCUACGGAUCACCGAGCUUCACGACCCUGAGCUGCUAGCUAGCAUUUUCGUCCUUUGCAGAUGUCUUGUAGACUACGAACUGUUGUACAAUGGACGCUCCGCCCACAUCAUCUAUCGCAAUGUAUUGACAAGGUUGAAACAGAGUCCGCUCUACGACGCGUCGGGUUCGAUGUUGACUCACGAUGGCUUGUCUCUGGUCUGGAUGGAUGCUAUUGAAAGCCUAUUGCGCCGUCGUGUUCCUGCACUCCCGUGUACAUUUCCUGACGGCAAUGGCUACGUUGACGGCUUCACUGGCGUCGCAAAAACACUACUUCCACUCAUCUACGAGAUCUGUCGCCUUGGAGCGGCCUCAAAUGUAGAGGCCGUUCUUUUUGACCAAAUCAAACGAAAUGUCACAGCAUGGAGCCCCAUUUACCCUACAGAAGAAGGGUUGAGCGAGGCUGAAAUUAUUUUACUCUGCACCCACGCCAACAUGUACAAGUUGACAUUGUUAUUGAUACUACAACAAUAUCAAGACACCGUACCGGCCAGGACAGCAGAGGCUGCUGAUAUCCUGCAGUAUGCCAGGCUUUCCAUUCAAAAGGUUGGAUAUAUUACACCUUAUUCAAUGAUGCCCCUUUUCAUUGCGGGAUUGGAGCUUGGUCUUGAAGAUGACCAAGAGAAGCUACUCGAGUGUAUGGCUUCUAUACCUAGUUCUGCCAAACACAAACCAUAUAUCCGGAUGAUCGAUUUCAUGAAGCAUUUCUGGAUACGCCGAAGAGAAGACUCGGCAGCAAGCUGGCUGUUAUUACUUGAUCAGAUGCCGGCUUUCAACAUUACACCAUAG